AUGUUUCUACUUGUAUCUCGACCAUUCUUAAGAUCUAAUCUUUUCUCCAUAUCCAAUAAUCUUCGUCCUCGAUUUCUUUCUAAAGAUGUGGAUGGCUCCCUCCUUUCACGUUUGAAAUUCGAUGUGAAAGAUGCGAUGAAAAACAAAGAUCAAUUAAAAUUGAAUGUCGUUCGUGGCCUUCUUUCGGAUAUCACUUAUGCAAGCAAAUCGUCAACUUCUAAACCUUUUUUGGCUUCUGACAAUGAAAUUUAUGAAAUAAUCAGUCGUGCAAUUAAACGUCGUCAAGAAUCUAUUGAUCAAUUUUCUCGGGCUAAUCGUUUAGAUUUAGUAGAGAAUGAAUCUUCUGAACUACUUCUUUUGAAUUCUUAUUUACCUCAACAAAUGUCUGUUCAAGAAAUUGAACUUGAAGUUGUAAAAGUUAUUGAUCAAUUUGAUCUAGGUGAUGUUGGAAUUAAGGAUUUGGGAAAAAUAUUAAAGAAAUUGAAUCUUGAUAAUGCUAGAGCUCCAAAAAAAACCGUAGUUGAAGUUGUAAAAAAAGUUUUAUCAUCACGAAAGACUG